CGCGGGUAGUGGAGCCCGUUUGUUCCGCCCGCGUCGUGCCUGAAGCCAGAACCAGUGAUAAGUGGAAAGGCCGAGGAACGUCCUGUCCACGCCGCCCCCAUCCCAGCGGAGCCGUGGCCGCCUCCCAUUCUCGCGCUGAGUUGUAGGUGGGGAAUGCACAAACACUUUAAGAGAACUUUGUGGAUUUACUUCAGAACACCCAGCAGAUCUGCGGGUCCUGAUGGAUGUGGCUGAGAGCCCUGAACUGGAUCCUCACUCCCCAGAGGAUGAAGAGCAGCCGGCGCUCUCUGAUGAUGACAUUCUGAGGGAAAGUGGAUCUGAACAAGAUUUGGAUGGAGCUGGGGAAAGGGCUUCUGAUUUGGAAGAUGAGGAAAAUACAACUAGGGUACAAAGCCAGGAAGAGACUCAUUCUGAUGAAGAAGACCAAGCCAGUGAACCCAAGUCCCAGGAUCAAGACUCAGAGGCUCAUGAGCUGAGCAGGGGCCCAGCAGGAUCUGUGUGCGAGGAGGGGGAUGACGUUGAGGAAGACCGAACGAGUGACCUCAGGGAUGAAGCCUCCUCAGUAACCCGGGAACUGGAUGAGCACGAGCUAGACUAUGAUGAGGAGGUCCCCGAGGAGCCGGCUCCUGCUGCCCAGGAGGAGGAAGGGAAACCUGAUGUUCAGAGUGUGGGAGAAAAAGAACCCACAGAGGCUGCCAAGGAGAAGAAGAAAGAGGAUGACGAUGGAGAGAUUGAUGAUGGAGAGAUAGACGAUGAUGACUUGGAGGAAGGUGAAGUGAAGGACCCCAGUGACAGGAAGGUGAGGCCUCGCCCCACCUGCCGAUUCUUCAUGAAAGAUGUUGUGACACCAUUAUCCACUCUUCUUCCACCAAUACCAAAUUCCAUACCACUCAGAGGCCAGGUUAAAGGGAACUGCACCUGGGGAAUGAACUGUAGGUUUAUCCACCCUGGAGUGAAUGACAAGGGGAACUACUCCCUCAUCACCAAAGCUGAACCUUUCCCACCCAACGGUGCCCCGCCUCUCGGACCUCACCCAUUGAUGCCUGCCAACCCUUGGGGUGGGCCAGUAGUUGAUGAAAUUUUGCCUCCACCCCCUCCAGAACCUCCAACAGAGAGUGCCUGGGAACGCGGACUCAGACAUGCAAAAGAGGUUUUAAAAAAAGCAACCAUUCGGAAAGAGCAGGAACCUGACUUUGAAGAAAAAAGGUUCACAGUAACCAUUGGUGAAGAUGACCGGGAGUUUGACAAGGAGAACGACGUCUUCCGAGAUUGGAAUUCUAGGGUCCCGAGAGAUGUCAGAGACACGACACUUGAGCCUUAUGCAGAUCCUUAUUAUGACUAUGAGAUAGAGCGUUUUUGGCGUGGUGGACAAUACGAGAAUUUCAGGGUGCAGUAUACAGAAGCAGAACCAUAUCAUAACUAUCGCGAACGGGAGAGGGAACGAGAGCGAGAGAACAGACAACGAGAACGGGAGCGGGAACGGGAGCGUGACCGAGAGCGUGAGCGCAGGCAGAGGGAGCGUGAGCGAGAACGGGAGCGUGAGCGGGACAAGGAGCGGCAGCGGAGGAAAGAGGAGUGGGAGAGAGAGCGAGCCAAGCGAGAUGAGAAGGACCGGCAGCAUCGAGACCGGGACAGGGACAAAGACCGGGAGAAGGACAAGGAGAAGCCGAAGCCCCGGUCCCCACAGCCACCAAGCCGUCAAGCUGAGCCACCAAAGAAGGAGACCGCCUCUGUGGGGCCACAGGUGAAGCGAGCCGAUGAGUGGAAGGACCCUUGGCGCCGAUCCAAGUCUCCCAAGAAGAAACUUGGUGUGUCAGUCUCCCCAAGCCGGGCACGGAGGCGUCGCAAAACCUCUGCCUCAUCAGCUUCUGCUUCCAAUUCCUCCAGGUCAUCUUCACGGUCUUCAUCUUACUCUGGCUCUGGCUCAUCCCGGUCCCGGUCCCGGUCCCGAUCUUCGUCCUACAGCUCCUAUUCCAGCCGCUCUUCCAGACACAGCUCGUUCUCAGGAAGCCGGUCCAGGUCCCGGUCCUUCUCCUCGUCCCCAUCCCCGUCUCCCACACCUUCCCCACACAGACCUCCAGUCAGAACCAAGGGGGAGCCGGCCCCGCCUCCCGGGAAAGCAGGGGAGAAGUCAGUAAAGAAACCAGCCCCACCCCCAGCCCUACCACAGGCCACCAAAACUACUGCUCCUGCCCCUGAGCCUGCCAAACCAGGAGAUCUCCGAGAAGCCAGAAGGAAGGAGCGGCAAACCAGGACUCCCCCAAGGAGGCGGACGCUCAGUGGCAGUGGUAGCGGCAGUGGCAGCAGCUACAGUGGCUCCAGUUCCCGAUCCAGGUCUCUGAGUGUGAGCAGCGUCUCCUCGGUGUCCAGCGCCACCUCAAGUAGCAGCUCAGUGCACAGUGUGGACUCAGAGGACAUGUAUGCAGACCUGGCGAGUCCUGUAUCCUCAGCCAGCUCUCGAUCCCCCACCCCUGCCCAGACCAAGAAAGAGAGAGGGAAAUCUAAGAAAGAAGACGGAGUAAGAGAGGAAAAGCGAAAACGAGAUCCAUCCACGCAGCCACCCAAGUCCUCUAAAGCUCCAGCAGGUGGGAAGUCCUCCCAGCAGGCAGCGACACCUCAGCAGGCAACCCCUGGGCAGCCCCAGCAGGGCUCCUUUGUUGCCCACAAGGAGAUAAAGCUGACCCUGCUGAAUAAGGCGGCUGAUAAAGGAAGCCGGAAGCGCUAUGAGCCAUCAGACAAAGACCGGCAGAGCCCUCCAGCCAAGAAGGCCAACUUGUCCCCAGACCGAGGUUCUCGGGACCGGAAAUCAGGGGGAAGAAUGGGCUCCCCAAAGCCAGAGAGGCAGAGAGGCCAAAACGCUAAAGCCCCUGCUGCCCCAGCAGACAGGAAGCGUCCACUGUCACCCCAGUCUAAGAGCUCCAGCAAGGUCACCAGUGUGCCCGGCAAAGCCACAGACACUGCUGCUGCAGGCACCAAGUCAGGGAAGGCCAGCACAUUGUCACGGCGAGAGGAACUCCUUAAACAGCUCAAGGCUGUCGAGGAUGCCAUCGCUCGCAAGCGGGCCAAGAUCCCUGGGAAAGUGUAGUAGGCCCAGCUCACUCCCUGGAGUAGACUCUUAAAUGUUUUAUAAAAAUAGGGUAAGCGCAGCCAUUUUGGAUUUUCCAGUUAAUGUCUUAUUUUGGCUGUGAUUCUUUUUAAAAAUUAAAAAAGAAAAAAAAAGUUUCUCAGCUGGAAAAGAAGCCACAUACAAGAUGAAGAUGACGCUGAAUCCCAACCUUCCCACCAAACUGAACCAGCUCCUUCAAGAAUAGAGUCUCCACGGACAGACAGACAGACGGACAGGUCAGCACUGAGACAGGGAGCACCAGCUCUGAAUAACUUAAGAGCUUCAGGCUCGCAGGGACUGGACUCACACUCUUCUGCCUCCGUCCUCAUUUCCCCCAGGUGGCUUCCUGGCUGCGUGUUUCCAGCAGAGUCUCCUUUCUGGGAACAGGAAAGCCGAAUAUUUCCUGGACCACAGGCAGCACCAUCCCUCCUCUCCCCUGGAUCAGAAGUAUAUAUAUACAUAUAUAUAUAUAUAUUCUUGCCUAAAGUCUGAUUGGGAAACAUUUCCUGUCUUUUAUUUUAAGCAUCAAAUUGUUUUAGUUGAUUAAAAGAAAAAAAACAAAAGACAAAAAAAAUAAGGCCAAGGGUAUUGUUGGGGUGUCUGUCCAAUGUGGAGGGUCUUUUUUGAGCGAUCUCCUAAAAUAAAAUAUUUUGAUAAGCA